ACCUAAGGUUUGCUGUAUAACCGGUUGUGUUACGUCACUAGUUGGGUUGCUUUCCAUUGCGUUGGAACGUUCUUUUGUAUUUUGCCUUGUUUAGCUCAUAUCAUCAUAUAUCACGUAUAACUGUAAUCAGGUUAAGCUCACCUGCUUGUAGAUAAACUAGUGUUAAUGGACAGAAGCGAACACUGGAAAUUGUAUUAGAGUUUCUGCAUUAAAGGCUACUAAAGGAACCGGGACAGCAGUUUGCUUCCUUGUGCUCUAGAGAAGUUUGACACCCUGUGAACCUACUGAAAGUUCAAAAUGUCUGCACCUGCACCUGAACCUGUGCGAAUUGAGAAAGUCCUGAAAGAACACCUGGACGAUCUGAGUGAAGACGAGCUCAGGGAUUUUCAGUGGUAUGUGACAUUGCAUCGGGGAACUGACAGUAAACCCGUCCCGAAGAGCCAGCUGCAAAACGCUUCCAGAACGGAAACUGUGGAUAAACUCGUGUCUUUUCACGGGGAAAGCGGCGCUGUGGAGAUCACAGUGGACAUCCUCAUGAAUCACAUGAAUCACAAUGACCUGGCAACAAGGUUAACUCAAGCCUUAGCAGGCCGAAACGUGGAGCAGCAAUUACAUGAACCGUUGUCCUCCGCUGUGAGAGACACUCAGAGAGUUUCAGAUUUGACUAUCACUCAGGAUCUUACCUGUUCAGUUUGCCUAGACAUUUUCACUGAGCCUGUGAUGCUGCAGUGUGGACACAGCUUCUGCAGGACCUGUGUGCACAAUAAGGAGAAGGGGAAAAUCUCUCCAAAAUGCCCACUUUGUAACAAAGUUAUACAAAUUGACUUUAAACCUCAAAUUAAUUAUAAUCUGAAGAGUUUGAGUGAAAACUACAGAAGAGGAAGAGGAGGAGGACACAGAAAUGAAGUAUAUCAGACUCCUUCCAGGUCCAUCACAGAGAAGCGGGAAGCUUUUGAAAAGGUCAAAGAAUUUUGUGAUUCAUCCAUUGAGCAGAUUAAGACUCAGAGACACUACGCAAAGAAGAAGAUUACGGACGACUUUGAGAAGCUUCAUCUCGUCCUCAAGAGAGAGCAAGAAACCAGCAUAGCUGAAUUAGAAGAAGAAGCGACUCAGAAGAUUGGUAUGAUGCAGAAGAUAACAGAGCUCAGCAGAGACACUUUCUCGCUCUCUGUCACUAUAAAAGAUCUGCACGAUUUAGGGGCUGACAACUCGCUCCUACAGAACUUUAGGACUGAAAUGGAACGAGCUCAGAACGUACUGCCAGAUCCACAGCUACUUCCACAACCACUGAUAAAUGUUUCCAAACAUGUGGAAAACCUUCAGUGCAGAGUCUUGGAGAAGAUGUUGAGCAACGCAAAAUCCUCCUCUGAAUGCAUACUUACAUUCAUAAGUACAUGUCCAGAGCAAAAUAGAACAAACUAUGUUCAGGAUUACAUGCUCAAUGAAGGCAUUACUGAAUACAGCCCAAUCCAACCACUUCCCUCGGACUCGGACACGGAUGAGGACGAGGACAACGAAGGUCCUCGUUUUCUGGACAACAACUACAAGGACAACGAAGGUCCUCGUGUUCUGGACCACGAGGACAACGAAGGUCCUCCAGAUUUUCUGCUGACGGAUGUGGAAGAGUUGGAGCUUUAUUUCGAGGAUGACUUAUACUGUUGACAAAUUGAUACUAUAAUUGUUAUGUAAUUGAAUGAUCUAGAGCCUUGACCUGAAGAUUCAGAUCACACUAAAAACACAGAACAACUUUGGAUCCCAGCUUCAUUUAAUUAAAGGUCCCAUGGUAUGGUGCUCUUUUGAUGUUUUAAUGUAGACCUUAGUGGUCCCCCAAUAUUGUAUCUGAAGUCUCUUUCCAAAAUUCUGCCUUGGUGCAGCAUUACAGCCACUAGAGCCAGUCCCACAAUGAGCUUUCCUUAGUAUGUGCCAUUUCUGAGUCUGUAGCUUUUGAAGAGGAGCGGGGGGGCAAGGUAGAGGCUGGAGGUGUGGCCUUGACCAACUGCCACUUUUCUUGUUUGAAAGCCAUGAUGUCUCUCUUUCAUGGGUGGGCAAAAUUCUCUGGGCAGGCAAAGCAGAGAAAGGGGA